AAUCGGCGGCCCAUCAUCACUGUGCACGGUCAUGUGGGUGGUUGAGAAGAUCCGUGUGUCGGUGGAGAGGACCAACCUUCCCCUGCCGGUCUCCGAGUACACCUUCAAGAUCGGCGACCUGAUGUUCGGCGACAAGCAGGCGGUGGCAGAGAGGACCAAGAAGGCCUCGCUGAUGUGCCCCAACAUCAUCACCCCGGACACCAUCCCUGAGUUCUGCAUCCCCCCCAAGAUCCCCUCCAUGGUGGUGGUGGUGGAUCCACACAAAGGAGGAGCCGUGGUGGAGCCCCUGUGCAAACAGGCGGCCGUCUCCUCCAGCUCCAGGCCCACCGCCCCCGCCUGCGAGAGGGGCAGCCCCAGGAGGGGAGAGGCGGCGGCAGCUCAUCAUCAUCAUGGCCCCGGGACGGGCCGGGAGAUGGUGGCUCACAUCAUCCAGGUGGAGAGCGUGGACGACGGGCCUUACGAUCUUAACGGCUGCAGCGACGAGGAGACGACCAACGCCGACCCCCAGAGCCAGGCGGCGCUCUCCCUGCCCCACAUGGCCAAGGCGCAGACCUGCUACGGCUUCUGCACGCUGCUCGAGAGCCCGCACACCCGUCGGAAGGAGUCUCUGUUCCACAACGAUCCCAGCAUGCACGGCAUCCCUCUGGUUCUGCCGCGCAGCCGCUCUAAUACCUACUCCCACCGCAGCUCCGGCUCCACCUCCCCCUGCCUCUCCCCGUCCCCGUCCUCGUCCCCGUCCCCAUCCCCAUCCUCCCCCACCUCCUCUCACUUCACCCUGAACGGGCUCUCGGCGCGCCUCUCCCCCGCGCGGGCCUUCGCCACCCUGCACCGCCAGGGCACGCUGGACAGUGACACCACCACCUCCUCCACGGAGUCGUCGCCCUUCAGCUCUCCUCUGCUGGCCCCCCGCGUGCCCCCCCCGCCGCCCAAGUGCUCGCUCUUCAAGGCUCUGAGCCACGAGCGACUGCUGCACCGCAACCUCCACCGCAACCACCACAACAGCAAGACCUCCGUCUCCCGCAACAACUCGCUCUCCACGGACGAGAGCAGCUCCACGGACAACAGCCCCAACGUGCUGCGUCGGGCCUCCGAGGGCCUGGUGGAACCUCUCACCUCUUCCAUCGCCGUCCCUGUGUCCCCGGGCUUGGGCUCAGCCUCGGCACCGGGCUCCAUCUCCAGCUCCUCCUACGGGCUGGCGCCACCCGCCAUCUUCCCCAUGGACCUGCUGCUGCCGACGCGGGAGAGGGCGUUGCGCGAGACCCUGGUCCCGGUGGGCCGCGACGGCACUCUGAGGCUGUCGGCCGAGUACUGCCCCGAGAACCUGCGCCUGCGGGUGAGACUGGUCAGCGCCGAGGGGCUGUACUCGCUCGCCGUGGACCCCAAGAGCAUCAACUGCAGCGUCAGCAUCUCGCUGGUUCCUGGAAAGGUGCAGAAGCAGCGGAGUACGGUCAUACGCAAGAGCCGCAACCCCAUCUUUAACGAGGACUUCUUCUUCGAUGGGAUCCGGGAGGAGGACUUGUCCCUGUGGGCGCUGAGGUUCAAGGUGGUGAACAAGAUGUCCACCAUGAAGAGAGACUAUGUGCUGGGGGACUGUGAGCUCCCGCUCAACAGCAUCGUCAAUGUGUAA